AUGGUCACCAAGGCCAACAACUUCAACUUCUUUAAGCCCUAUAGUCUUAAAGUAUUCAUUUCUCAGACAGAAUAUGAUGAUAAAAAUGGCCAAUUCAAGAACUUGACCCUUUUCUCUGGCUAUCCUAUGCAGCUUAAUGGUCAAGCUCAAAAUCUUGUAAUUUCUGAACUUCCUAAACUACGAAGAUUUGGUGAGAAAAAAGAGUCCAAAUUUUUAACUGUUGGGUUGCCAUGGGUUUUCCUAAGUUUGGUAUUCAUGAUAUCUUUAGGGGUUAUGUAUUAUAUCAAAUUGAAGAAGUUUGAUGAGGUUCUUGAAGAUUGGGAACAUGAAUAUGGCCCACAUAGAUUUAAGUUCAAAGAUCUAUACUUUGCUACAAAGGGUUUCAGGGAAAACGAGCUACUGGGAGUUGGUGGAUUUGGUAGAGUCUACAAAGGUGUCAUACCAAGUUCCAAAAUUGAGGUUGCUGUGAAAAGGGUCUCUCAUGAAUCAAGACAAGGGAUGAGGGAAUUCGUGUCGGAAAUUGUUAGUAUCGGUCGUCUUCGGCACAAGAAUCUUGUUCAACUUCAUGGCUAUUACAGGCGAAAAAGCGAGUUACUUUUGAUUUAUGAUUACAUGCCGAAUGGAAGUUUAGACAAUUAUCUACAUAACCCACCAAAAGUGUUACUCCAACAUUAG